UCGAAUGAAAUGAAAGAAAUAGUUCGCACGUAAAUUGAAAUUCGGAUAAAUUGUUCGCAAUUAAUGCUGAUAAAUGUACAGGAUACCUAUCUAUGAUAUACUUAAUCUAUGUUGCAUUACAAACAAUGGCUAAUAGUCGAGGCAAAAUUUUGAGCCUUUAUCGAAAUUUAAUUCGGGAAAGCAAAAAAUGGAACACUUAUAUUUAUCGGAUGUAUGCUUUGCGUAAAAUUCGGCAUGAAUUCCAAGAGAACAAAACAAUACAGGAUAAGGACAGAAUUAACGAGUGUUAUAUGAAAGGUUUGGAAGAGCUUGAAGUUAUUAAAAGACAAGUAACAAUUGGAAAUCUCUACAGUACUAGGCCACUAAUUAUUGAAACUACGGGAAAUAAAGAUGGUUUGAAUUAAAACGAAAAAUAUUGAAAGUAAUGCUGGAAGAGCAUCAAGAAAUUUUUAUUAUUAAGACUUAUAUUAAUAA